UGGUGGUUUAGAAGUGGGACAGUUAACCUACUGCCUCAAUGGAGCCAUUGCCCGCCGGCUUUUAUGGGAAGUUCGAUGAGAAAAACCCCGUUGUAUCUUCACUCGAACAGAAGCUUACCCGCUUUAUGAGAAACUUGGAGAGAGUGGCUUCCCACAGCUCGUACACCAGAGGAGCCAAUGAUUUAUUCUGCAUCUGGAACAUGUAUGAGAAACUGCUACCAGCUCGUUAUUACCAAGAAAAACUGCUGAAGGUUGGAAGUUUUCUUGCGCAGCUGAAGUUCUAUAAGUUGGCUUCGUGGCAGUGUUAUGGACGAUACCUGCAGCAGUUCGGCUCUCCCAGAAUUGAUGACAUUACAGAUGUAAAGAAGUUUAAGGCCACCUUUUUACCGGGUCAAUUUGAAAUUGAGAAUGCUAGUUUAACGAUUCAUGCAUUGCAAAUGAACAGCAUUUGCAGUUACUAUAUGGUGAAAGAAGCUGAUCCAAAACUGCUGAAAUUGGAGUCCCAGAGGAAGUGCACAAGCAUUCUUAAGUUCCUUCGACUUAUUAUGCAAGUGGCCCUGCCAAAAGAACAGCUUUGCUGGCUUAUUCUUAAUGGUACGAUUCACAUUUACACCAUCUGUAGACAUAUGAUGGUUUUAGCACUUUAUGCUAAGGCCUUUGAAUAUAUACUGUGGGCAGCCAUCUGCAUGGAAACAUCUUUUCCACUUUCAACAGUUCGCUAUCUAAGAUGGAGAGCUACUCUUUAUACUGCUGUGUGUCAGUGUUACUAUGACUGUGAAUCUGACAUACUUGCUGAGACAUUUGCUCGCCGUGCUUUAGGCAAGAUCAGUGAACUAAGCCAGAUGGAAACCAUGGGCUCCUCUCCUCAAACUCCUGAAGUUGCAAAAGCCUUUAGAGAGGCCACUGUCAAGGUGUCCAUAAUGAUCUUUAAAAGAGCAGUUAUUGAAAGUAGAAGAAAACCAAAAGGGAUUUUGCGGCCUAAACAAAAAACUAACUACAAAGAGUCUCAAAAUUUGCCCUGGCCACACAAUGCCACGGAAUAUCUGCUGGCAGAAAUGUUUCCCGGCAGUGCAGCUCAGUUCCUUGCUAUUACAGAGGCAUUGUCAAGUGGUAAUAGACGUGUACUACAGACUAGGCCUCCCUUUCCUGCUGAACAUGAAGUAAUCGACGUGACAACUGAACUUUUCUUGGCAGGUCUCCUACUCCUCGCAGGUGGUGGUGGUAAUACUCAGCUUAGUGCAACUGCCUGCACAGGUCCGAUUGGUGGGAUAAACAAAUCAAGUUCCCUAAUGGAACUUGCAGCUGCUGGUGAAGACGGUGUGUCCGUGGAGGCUGCUGUGCGGUUUGCAAAGAUUGCAUUCUGCUAUGAAUAUUUGGAAAUAUUUGAUGUCAUCAUUGCACCACUUCUCACUUUCUUAAGGAAACAUGAAAAUAUGGCCUGGAAGAGUUAUGAGCUAGAUUUGGAUCUACUGAUUGCUAUGGAACCAUUUGUUUCAGCACGCAAACCAAAGCAUGGUCUUCCUAUAGUAGGAAGCUGUGCAAGAGGAGGAAUACUUCAACCUGGUGGGGCCAUCAUUUUAUGUGAUGAUCUUGUGAUACUAGCAGAAGCAUUGUUUGCUUAUACUUGUACCCCUCUAGAGGGUACCACUCCAGACAUAGACAUGGUUGUGGAUGCCAUUCUUUUUCUGUGGCAGAAGUGCAAGACAGUUCUACAGAGAGGCAACUUCGGGAUUAUUGGUUCUACUAAAUACCUAAAGAAGAUGGAUAACUUUGGAAAGUGGAUGCAUAUCCUGUCCAUACUUCAAGAAGUGACUAUUUGGUGCAACUUAGGGGAUGUUGACCCUGUAGUAAUGGCAGAUAUUACACUGUACUCAGCAGGGUUGCUUGAAACCCUGGCUGAUUCAAGUGUGAAGACCAAGAGAAAGCCAGGUGGCCUGUGGAUACUUGAGUGGGAUCACCCAUCACUGCAUAAAGGUAGUAACGCUGCACAUGAGGAUCAAAGUGACACAGCAACAUCUACACAAACUCCAGCAAUAUCCACGCAAACAGAACACUGUGCUCCAAUGAACUUAUUAAUGAAACACCCAGCUGAACAACUUGAUAUUGCGUGUAAAAUGCUCGAAAAGGCAGUGGACAGCAUAGCGGCAGCUCGCUCUGUUUCAACAGAGAAAACCUUGCUGAUUGACAAUAGCUAUAUAAAGUUAGAUGAACAUAUUUACCAGUCAACUAGCCAAUUAGAUCUACAGGAACAAAAUAAUGUUCCGCAAGAAGAUUCUUAUAAAGCAACAGCUCUCUGCAGUCUCAUCAUGGAUUUACAUCUGGAGCUUAUUCAGGUUUAUUACAGAGUGGCAUUUAAACUUCUCAAAAUGAAUCAUGAGAAUUCUGAAAACAACAGUCAAGAAACCAUUGGUGCUAAUGAAAAUUAUGACUUUACCAUUUCUACAGAGGCAGACAUCAUUAAGAAAGUCAAGAAGAACUACGUGUUGAAGGCUAUGUUUCUAAUUCAAAAAGUGAUGAUUCUAUACAGCAAGGAGCAGGACCAAUCUUCCAAAUAUCACCUUCUUGAGAAAGCUGUGACUCUGCUGCAGAAGGCUGAAGAUGAGGAGAAGAUGCUAUAUUUGUUAAGCACACCACAGCCAACAGCAGAAAACGAGGAGCUUGAUGUUGUACCAGCCCCCAUCCUGCUGUCCAGAACACACAAUUCUAUGAUAUUCAAACCUGCUCCUUUUACUUCAUCCAAAAAGGUUUACUGGUAUCGCAUAUUUGGUCGUACUGCAACAGGAAGCAUUCUCAAAGUACGGCUGAAGGAUUCUCACUUUGGGGGUACUGGGCAAGAGGUACCAGCACUUGGAGAGUGUUUACUGGAGGUAAAAGACAUCGAGCCCAAUGAAAAAUACAUCUUUGCAGUUGCUGCUUAUUCAGAAGAUGGAACAAUCAUUGGAGAUGGAAUAGGACAGACAACAAAGCCAAUUCUAGCAUAUUAUCCUCUUCCCAUCCUUACAGCAUGGACCUGCCUUUGUCAGGCUGCAUACCAAUUGGGAUAUUAUCCAGUGGCAAAGGUAGCUUUCUCAGUUUUGUGGAAGCACUUUGUUUCACAGGAAUGUCAAACAUCAGAAUCUAACUGGCUUGUUUCUGAGAAGACUGAUUGGUGCAUCACUCAGAAAAGCUUAAGUAAGGAUGCUGUAUCUUGGGCAUCUCCCAUCCUUCUGCGGAAUUUUCUGGGAAGCAUCUUCAUCGAUUCCGAUAUUAGUUGCCAGGAAGGUGCUGUUUACUGUGACUCUCUGUCCGAUAACGGACCACUCUAUAAAGGACAACUUGGUAGACUGGCUAAAUGUGAAAGAAUUCUGGUGGCCAUUGAAAUUGCCGGCUGGAUCAAUGAUGCCAAUCAAGCAUUGCAGGCUGUUGUCCAAUGCUAUGGACUUCUUGCACCCUUGAUCUUUCACAGAAUUCCUUCAACUCCUGUUGUACAGAUUCUCACAAAAUGUCUGUGUAUUCUACAAGACGUUGUUGGUGCCUACAGGCAAAGGAAACAGUUUGGAAUAACCGAAAGUUUGCAACACAUGACAGCUUGCAUCACUUACUAUUUAGCAAAGACAUUACGAUGCUGGAAAGAGUAUGAUCUUGCUUUAGAAGUCGUAAUUAUUGGAAAAGAGAUUCUUCAUUCUGCACUUCAGGAAACUGCUGCAGAACAAAAGGCUGGCGGAAUCGAGGAUGAAGCUGAAACAUUGCAGAACAAAUGGGAAAGCACCAUUGACCAACAGAAAUUAGUCAUUGAGAACUCUAUGCAGAUGAAGUCAAUGGAUGAAGUUUUGGCUGAUCUGAAAAAGGAAGAGAAACCAGAAGCAUUGUCUGGAAAUGAAGCGGUGAUUUACACAACCAUCUUAUUUGCACCUAUAAAUAUUGCUUACAAUGCAGUCAUGAAGUUUAAAGACAAAAGUCGAUUCCUGGAAUAUUUUGUACUGUUCCUGCACAGACUGGUACAAAAGGAGCAUUUUGCACACAUAUCAAAUUGGGUGAUUGAAGUUGUCGGGUUUCUACGAAAGCGGAACAGAGCUCUUCUUGGCAAAAAGAAAACAUCUGGAAAAAAAUCUGCAAUUAAACACCUGAAAAAUGCAGCAGUUGUGAUAGAGUAUCACAAUAAUCCUGUGAGCAAAAAACCAAAAAAAGAAAAAGCAACGUUGAAGGAACUCCUGCAGACCAUUCACAAUAAUCCAAGCAUUAAGUUGAACCCAUUGGCACAAAGGAAACAAAGAGAAAAAUUGGAAAAGAAAGCUAAGGAAGUUUUUCGAACUCUGCUUAGACCAAUUGUACAUCGCUACCUGCAACUUAAAAAAUUCAACAAAUUUUGCAUGAUUGAAAUGCCGUGGCGUAGUCAGUUAAACAUGCUAUUGGGAAUUCUCUGUUUUAAUUCAUUCAUGAGGUAUUAUGAAGAAGAUGGUUGGACCUCAAAAAGCAUUAGCAGAUCCGAACCCUGGGAGAAGUUUCUGUUCGAAGACCUGAACUCUGGGAGAAGUUGCUGCUUGAAGAUCCGAACCCUGGGAGAAGUUUCUGUUCGAAGACCUGAACUCUGGGAGAAGUUGCUGCUUGAAGAUCUGAACCCUGGGGUCCGGUCACUGGAGCCCUCCAUCUUCUCUUCAGAUCUCCGUGGGCUGCCCCAGGCUUUUGUCAGAUAUUCCUUUUUGGACCCUGAUAUUUUUACUCUACAUAAUUGUGGUGGUCUACUCAUAGACACAGAGAUUGAUGAUUCAGAAAUGAUACAAGAAAUUCCUGAAGUGUCACUGUACUCACUCAGAAGAAAUGAAAAGUCAUCAGAAUCAGAACAUGGCUGGAACGAUGCCAUUUCUGACAGCACUGAAAGUGCUCUGAACACAUCACUGACUCAAAUGACCACUGAAGAAUUUGAACCCACUACAGGAGAAGGGAGCACACCAAGCAUUUCUGCCAUUUUGAUUAAAGACCAAUUAAACAAAGCCUUUUUAUACAUCAGAAGAGCAGUGGUAUUUUAG